AUGAUUGGUUUUGAUUUACAACCGCUCCCGGGUGGCCUUGAACCACCUACUUCAAUCGAGCCAGACGUGAUCAAAAUUCACGAUUACUCGGAGAAAUAUCUGUGGGUGCUGAACAAUAACGGCAGCAUCUCCUUCAACCGCGGCGAAAGUCCAAUUAGCACGCAGCUUUGCGAGAAAGUAAGCCGACUCUUCACUACCCCAAGACCGCAUGUGCUCGAGGGCCCUUCCAUCAGUUGGGUGCAGGUUGUCCUUUUCGCAAGAGACUCGCCUGAGCACUUGAACGAAAAUGGGCCUUUGAGAGUCGGGGAUAGCACAAUUCAGCUUUCAGAAAAGGACCGCGAUGAGAUUCUCUCCGGAGGGCCAUGCCGGUAUCUCGGCCCAUGGCCCGUGGAGGGGGACUGUCAGAGAGAACUGGUACUAGUGAACGAAGAUCUGGAUGUCGUCUGCAGGGUCAGAAAUCUGCUGAUGAUCUUGUGGGCUGGUGUUAAUACGACCUUUACGGAUGCAGUCGUCGAAUCACUGGAUGCCCUGUGCCAGAAGCUCUCAUUCCGUGGAGAUCUCCUCUCGCGGACUCCGAAUGAGCAACGCCAGCCGAGCACUUUUGAAUCCGGCACUUCAUCUGAUAUCUGUAGUAUGACUGAGACCGCUCUAAUUCUGGUCCAACCUAUUGAGUACAUCGCACCAAGAGCUGCAGAAAUCUCAAUUAGGAAAGACGCUUCAGGAGUCGAAUCGGCUGGCCAAGAAUGCAACGUGGAACCUGCCGCUGGCUUCCCUCACAGCCCACCACAUGGAUCUCGCGAUUCCUCUCAAGCCACUGAGUCUGAUCAUUCAAAUUCGACAGCGGAUGAGAAAUACGGUGUUGUGGCAGUGGUCCAGCAAUCAAGACGCGAAGUCAGCGGUUCCAAGGGAGACUAUUCCAGAUAUCAGGCCACUGAAGACCUGGUCCUGCAUGCUUCUCAAGGCAGCUUGAUAAGUACACCGACACCCAUUCCCCCGUUUAUUAGGAAACUGGUUGAGUAA